AUGUCAUUAGAUGACACAUUGAAUGAAACGCAAAGAGCUAAACUCGCAGUUUGGGAUUAUCCUGUCAGUGAUAAAUAUACCAAAAUUUGGUGGACUAUGAAAGAAAGUAACAUGCCACAAUCAUUUGAAGAAGGGGUACAAAGAGUUAAAAAUAGUAAUUCAACUAACGGAUUUGCUUUCAUAGCUGAUUCGACUCAAAUAAAAUAUGCACUGAUGACAAAUUGUGAUUUAAUAUCAGUCGGAAGUGAGUUUAGUAGGAAACCUUUAGCAUUGGCUGUGCAACAAGGAUCUACUUUGAAAGAUGAGAUGUCCAGCGCAAUUCUUCAGUUGCUGAAUCAAAGAGUGUUGGAAGGAUUAAAAGAAACAUGGUGGAACAAAAAUCCAGAUAAAGUUGUUUGUGAUGAUUCCGAAAAAGAUAGUGAUGGAAUUAGUAUUGCUAAUAUAGAUAUGGGGGAAGGGGUAUUGUGA